AUGGAGUCACGUCCACCAACUAUGCGCGGGCCGUCGCCACGUCCGCCUGCUGGUUUUACGGGUCCGUCCACGCAGACGGGACGACCACGGCCACCUCAGCCUCAGCGCAGCCCUGCGCCUCCAUCUGGCACGACAGGCGUGCGUCCAGCACAAGGGCCCAUCAGCGGACGUCGUAGUCCUAUGCCUCCAACGCGUCCCAUUAUGCAUGGAAGUCGCUCGCCUGCACCCGGCACUCGCCCGUCUAUGCAGCCUGCAAGGUCACCUGCGCCUGGCUCCCGUCCACCAACAUCGCCCGCGCGCCCGCCAACGCAGAGUGUGCGACCAGGCAUACCGCCAUCACGCUCACCUGCUCCUACCAUGCGUCCAUCGCCAGCCCGCUCGCCCAUGCCCCGUCGCACUGCUGUCACGCCUCAACCAGGCAUGCAAACUUCUCCGACCAAGUCUCAGGCACCUGUUCGGCGGAUAGGCGCAAUCAGUCCACGCCCAGGUCCGCCUGUGCGUCCAAAUUCCGCCAUGACAGCACCAGGUGCACCUGUAGCAGGUAAUACUGCUGCUGCAGUGCGCCCUGUUGCACCACCACCAUCAGGUCCGGCGCGUUCAAAGCGUGCUGCUCGUGCAUAUCACCAGGACGCGUCCGCGGCACCUGCAUCCUCGGGCUGGAACGAUGUCAUAGCUCAGCCUCCUCCCCCUCAAGCAGCUUGGCAGCAACAAGCGGCCGCUCGAGUUGACUACCGAGCCGCGCAGGCACCGCAACCCCCGCCUGAUGACAGCCUUGAUUCAGCGCUUGAUCAGAUGCCUGGCUAUCGCAACGUUUUGUCUCAAUCGCAGCAAGCAUCGAAUUUGGCGGCCAUGCGGUCCAGUCGACAAAUGCAUCCUUCUGCUGUCGCGAGUGGCGUGGCCGCCGCUGGUGCCAUGCCCCAGACAGGCGCUCAGGACCGUGGAGCUCGCCCUAAGAUCGAUCCAGAUCAUAUCCCCAGUCCUGUUGAUGCACAACAUGCGGAUCAGCAAUUCUUUUACCACGACAUGUUUGGAACCUGUAGUCGGGAAGGCAUGCCGCUAAGCACAACCAACUUUGCCGCUAUGGACCAGGGUAACUGCUCGCCCAAGUUUAUGCGUCUGACAACGUAUUGCAUGCCUGCAACAGAAGAGGUUGCGAAUGCAUCACGAAUGCCGAUUGCAUUGAAUAUACAGCCCUUCGCGCAGUUGCGAUCUGACGAAGAACGCGUGCCUUUGGCCAAUACGGGUGAAUCUGGUCCUCCGCGCUGCAAAACGUGCCGCGCAUACAUUAACCCAUGGUGUUUGUUCGUUGAGGGUGGUAUGAAGUGGAUUUGCAGCUUGUGUGGCGCUGCAUCUGAGGUACCGCAGGACUACUUCUGCAACCUGGAUAUCAAUGGUCGUCGUGCGGAUCUUGAACUGCGUCCCGAGCUAACACACGGUUCAGUCGACUUUUGUGUGCCCAGAGAAUAUUGGGCUGUUCAGGCACCAACUGACGUGUCAUCUAUGCUGCCUGUGGCCUCGGUUGUGCCUGCGUACACCGCUGAGCUCUCUACAUCAACAGGCUUGCAAGAGAGCAUUGAUCGUCUAGACAACUUGGACUCACAUUCAGAGGGUACUAAGACAGCCGCCAAGGCCGCCAAGGCUGCGGGCCAUGCUGCUCUCGACACUCUCAAUCUAGGCAAAGGCCAAACGACUGUCCGCGCUCCACGACCACUGACGCACGUGUUUUUGAUUGAUGUGAGCUUCAGUUCAGUGCGCUGUGGAGCCCUGCAGACUUGUGUUCGAGCCAUCAAGCAGGCAUUGUAUGGUACCGAAGUGCAGGCUUCCAACGAGUCUGGCGUGCCUGGCUUUGGACUUCCGCCGGGUAGUCAGGUCUGCAUUAUCACUUUCGAUCAAGCGAUGCACUUUUACAACCUUGACCCGAGUCUGGAACAGGCUCAGAUGCUCAUCAUGGCUGAUAUGGAAGACCCCUUUAUCCCCAUCAGUGGUGGCUUGCUUGUCGAUCCAUGGGCGUCGCGUCAUGUGAUUGAGGGUUUGCUCAAUGACCUUCCAAACAACUUUGCCAAUUCAACGGUGGCAGAAGCCUCACUUGGUGCGGCGUCACGGGCAGCACAGGGCGUGCUCAAUGGCAUUGGCGGCCAGCUCAACAUUUUCCUUUCGACAAUUCCUACAGUUGGACCUGGUAAACUCAGGCACCGUGAAGACACAAAGCUAUACGGAACCGAUAACGAAAAAAAUCUGUUUGGUCCACAGGAUCCGUUCUAUCUCAAGCUCGGCAACGAGUUCGCUCUCGCAGGUGUGGGUGUGAAUGUGUUCUUCUUUCCAAGCCAGUACAUUGACGUUGCAUCUAUCGGAUACAUGGCAGCUCAAUCAGGUGGUCAAGUCUUCUUCCAUCCCCGUUUCGAUCCCGUGCGCGAUGGCUCUCGCGUUAUGGCAGAAGUCCAGCGCAUUGUGCUUCGUGAGACGGCUUAUAAUGUCACGCUACGUAUCCGUUGCUCGCCAGGUCUGCGUGUUGUCAAGCAAUUUGGUGAAUUCCAUCUACACGGUGCCACAGAUAUUGAAACAGGUACUUGGGAUGCCGACAAGACGUUUUCUGCGCUUAUUCGCCAUGACGGUCGCUUGGAAGAGUCUCGUGAAGCAUACUUCCAAUGCGCCAUUCUCUACACUACAGCUACUGGUGAGCGUCGUGUGCGCUGUCACACACUCGCUACGCCUGUUUCAUCUGUACUGGGCAAUGUUUUCCGUUAUGCCGACAUGGAUUCGGCCGUUGCGUAUUAUGCCAAAGAGGCUGCGACGCUUGCCCUCACUAAGCCACUCAAGGACGUGCGUAACUACCUCACGUCCAAGUGUGUUGCUAUCUUACUUGCAUAUCGCCGCAACUGUGCAUCUUCAACAAGUCCUGGUCAAUUAAUCUUGCCUGAAAGCUUUAAGCUCUUCCCUCUAUAUGUGCUUGCUUUGAUCAAGAACAAGGCCAUCAAGGGUGGCAAUGUCACAUCAGAUGUACGUGUUUUCUUCUUCCGCCUCUUGCUAUCGCAGAGUGUAGGCUCGAUUAUGACGCUCUUGUAUCCACGCAUGAUGGCACUUCAUACGCUUGGCCCUUCAGACGGUAUGCCUGUUCAGCCGGCCGAGGGCCUUUCCCCAGAGAAGCAGGCUAUCGAUGACGCGCUACUAAAGGUUGUGCAGUUGCCUAACCCCAUGCGCCCUGCCUUCAUGCGAAUGGAGCCGCAUGGAGCAUACUUACUCGACAAUGGAGAAUGGUGCUUGCUUUGGCUAGGCGCGAACAUCAGUCCCAGGUUCCUGGAGGAUUUGUACGGCGUCGCGUCCUUGGACGAACUAGAUCCACGCAUGACAACUUUGCCUGUGCUUCCCACCAAGCUUUCGAACCAAGUCCGUUCAAUUGUUCAGGGUCUUGCUGACCUUCACGGAAAAGUGUCGCUCCAGGUUGUCAUGGCGCGCCAGAACCGCGAUGGUAUGGAAGUCGAGUUUGCCAACAAUCUUGUGGAGGACCAAAACAACGACGCCAUGAGCUAUGUCGACUACUUGUGUCAUGUACACCGCGUCAUCUCAUCUGACAUGAACUCUGGCCGUGAAGAAAAAGAUGCAAGUGCGUCCCUGUGGAAAGGGUUUAUCUAG